AUGGCGGUCGACACUAGUUAUUUGACCACACAGGUCAACAAUAUUGUGGCCCAGCUGCAUGGGAUAUUCGAUGAAAUUGGAGUCCCGAAUCAUGAGCGCGAGACUCGAGAGGCAGAGCUCUUUAGUGCUUUGUCGGAUACGUUGAAUGGUCAUCUGAAGAUGGUGGAUGAUGAGAAAAACGAAAUGACCGAAGAAGCGCAGCAGUUGAUCACCGCGAUUCGACAAAUGGAGGAGUCCUUAGUGGAUGAAAAAACUAAUGGGCAAUAUAAAUUGGACGGCAAUGAUCUGAAAAUCAGCUACCCCCUCAAUCGCUGUCUCAAUUUCCUCCGGGAGAAGCAUGACGCUAUGAAGAAACUCCACCACGAGCGCUUUGAACAGGUUAAGAAACUUAUCGAGGCAUUCGUAUCCUACUCUUCUCAUCUCGAAUCCAACUAUGUCACCAUCGAACUCCCCCCUACAGCGCCAGGCUCAACGAUCCCGCCUAGUUUUGAUCUCUCUCCAUCUUUUGUCACGGCCCUGGAUAAUGAAUUCUCGCAAGUCUACGAAGAAUAUCACCGACGUCUUGAAUUUGUUCAAGUAACGUGCGAAGAAAUAAUCAAGCUGUGGGCUGAACUCGGAACCCCGCAGGCGCAGACCGAUUCCAAUAUUGUGAAAUACUAUCGCGAGUCUCCGGAGCAGCUAGGUCUUCAUGAAUCCGACCUGGCUAGCAUGAGAGCGAAGCGCGAGAAGCUUCUCGAAGAAAAGCGAGGCCGCGAGCGCAAGCUGAAAGAACUCCGGAUGGCGGUUGAAAGUCUGUGGGAGCGAUUCGGAGUGGAGGAGGGCGACCGAAAAGCCUUCCUGUCUGCAAACCGCGGUUGCGGACUCCGAACAAUCAACGAAUUCGAGGAAGAGCUGGGGCGUCUCAAUGAGCUCAAGCGACAGAAUCUUCAUCUUUUCGUUGAGGACGCAAGGUGCAGGCUGCAGGAGCUCUGGGACAGCCUCUAUUAUUCGGAAGAAGAGAUGCUCGACUUUGCCCCUGCGUUUUCCGAUGUUUGCAGUGACGCGCUGCUUGAGGCGCAUGAAGCAGAGAUCGCACGACUGCAAGCUCUUAAGGAACAGCGCGCCCCCACGUUGCAACUUAUUGAUAGGCACCGCAGUCUUCUGUCGGAGCGUGAUGCUUUGGCCGCGUCCAGUCAGGACGCUUCUCGUCUGAUGGGACGUGGCGUCAAGGGAGAGCGACGUGACCCUGGAAAGCUCCUAAGAGAGGAGAAGAUGAGGAAGAGAAUCACCAAGGAGCUGCCUAAGGUAGAGGCGGAUCUCAGGAAAGAGCUGGAGAUGUGGGAGGAUGAAUUCGGCCGGCCUUUCCUCGUUCACGGCGAGCGAUAUCUUGACGAGUUGACUCCCGUGAUGAAACCACCGCCCCGGUCGAAGACUCCCUCCGCACCACCAAGCAGCGUGCGAGGCGCAGGAGGUAGCCUGAGGUCGCAGCCACCCUCUCGCCCUGGUAGUGUAAUGAGAGGUCCACCGCCCCCUCGCUCCGCAACUAAAACGCCCACUGGAGCGUCGAAGUAUAACACCGUUGGUCCCUCCAGAGCUCCCUCGAGAGCCGGAGCCAAGUCACCAUCAAAGAUCCCUGCGCGCGUGCCUUUGGGCAACAUGCCUCAUGGGAACAAUUCCCCCGAUCGUCGUACUGGAACGCCCGGACCCUACUCGACCAGCACGAUACAUGGCAAGAUGCAGAGUUCUCGCGCUCCCCCUCCAAGAAUGCGCGCAUUGACGGGAGGCGAGUCGCGGGAGGAGAGAGCAAGCUAUCUGUUUGACCCUCCACGAUGUGCCAGCGCGCUCUCGAACUCCUUUGUUCGACCUGUCAGCCCGGAGGAUGUUUACGAUGACCGCAAGGAACGCUCCUUUAUGAGUUCCUCGAUAUUCUCCCAGCGGUCCGCGGGAUUCUCUCAGUCGUCGCAUUCGUCGGCCUCGUCGGUCUCCCUCAAUUCGAUUCCAAAUUUCCCACGCCCGAAUUCUUACCUGCAGCACGCACCCCCUCCCCCAGCGCCCCGGCAGGUUUCCGACUGCUCCACAAUAAACACCGCCCACUCAGGGUCAGAGAAUUGGGAGACGUUCGAUGAUGGAUCUGGCUCCGAAGCGGAUGCCAGUGAUAUCUACUAUGCGAAGCUUCGUGCCGCUCAAGGAAAGCGUGUCGCGCCGGAUGAACAGUCGACUAUCUCCCUGGCGGGGAAGAAGACCAAAGGCAUUCGGAGCGUCAGUCCAGACGUGCCGGAGGCCAGCAUGAACAGUCGUUUCGUGCGAGGCAGUGAUGCCGAAUGGACCGAUGACAUGGAGGCCUAUUAA